GGAGAGGAGGAGGGAAAGAUAGAAAGAGAGAGAGAGAAGGAUUGCUUGCUACCCCUGAACAGUGACUUCUCUCAAGACAGUGCUUUGCUCUUCAGGUAUAAGGAAGGAAAACAGUAGAGAUUCAAUUUAAUGUCUAAUGUGGAAAGGAGGACAAAGAAGUCUUGUGAUAACUGCCUGUGAUAACACAUUUCUUGAGAAACCAUAUUAUUGAGUAGAACUUUCAGUCCACUAAAUCCCAGAGAAAUGGCUUUUGUGGAUCCCAGAUGCUUGUGUUUCAUUCUUCUUUGUACAAUAACUGGCUAUUCUUUGGAGAUGAAAGUUAAUCCCCCUCAGGAUUUUGAAAUAUUGGAUCCUGGGUUACUUGGUUAUCUCUAUUUGCAAUGGAAACCUCCCAUGGUUAUGGAAAAAUUUAAGGGCUGCACACUAGAAUAUGAGUUAAAAUACCGAAAUGUUGAUAGCUACAGCUGGAAGACUAUAAUUACUAGGAAUCUAAUUUACAAGGAUGGGUUUGAUCUUAAUAAAGGCAUUGAAGGAAAGAUACGUACGCAUUUGUCAGAGCAUUGUACAAAUGGAUCAGAAGUACUAAGUCCAUGGACAGAAGCUUCUUAUGGGAUAUCAGAUGAAGGAAGUUUGGAAACUAAAAUUCAGGACAUGAAGUGCAUAUAUUAUAACUGGCAGUAUUUGGUCUGCUCUUGGAAACCUGGUAAGACAGCACAUUCUGAUACCAACUAUACCAUGUUUUUCUGGUAUGAGGGCUUGGAUCAUGCCUUACAGUGUGCUGAUUACCUCCAGGAUAAUGAAAAAAAUGUUGGAUGCAAACUGUCCAACUUGGACUCAUCAGACUAUAAAGAUUUUUUUAUCUGUGUUAAUGGAUCUUCAAAGUUGGAACCCAUCAGAUCCAGCUAUACCGUUUUUCAACUUCAAAAUAUAGUUAAACCAUUGCCACCAGAAUUCCUUCAUAUUAGUGUGGAGAAUUCCAUUGACAUUAGAAUGAAAUGGAGCACACCUGGAGGACCCAUUCCACCAAGGUGUUACACUUAUGAAAUUGUGAUCCGAGAAGACGACAUUUCCCGGGAGUCUGCCACAGACAAAAACGAUAUGAAGUUGAAGAGGAGAGCAAAUGAAAGUGAAGACCUAUGCUUUUUUGUAAGAUGUAAGGUCAAUAUAUAUUGUGCAGAUGAUGGAAUUUGGAGCGAAUGGAGUGAAGAGGAAUGUUGGGAAGGUUACACAAGGCCAGACUCAAAGAUUAUUUUCAUAGUACCAGUUUGUCUUUUCUUUAUAUUCCUUUUGUUACUUCUUUGCCUUAUUAUGGAGAAGGAGGAACCUGAACCCACAUUGAGCCUCCAUGUGGAUCUGAACAAAGAAGUGUGUGCUUACGAAGAUACCCUCUGUUAAACCACCAUUUUCUUGGCAUAGAGACAGCCAGCAGAAGUCAUAUUAAACUCAAUUUUUCUUAAAAUUUCAAAUACAUCUUGUUGCAAAUCAGUGUUUGUCCUAAGAUUGUUGUGUUUUUGACUAAAGUGUUGGAUAUAUAUCUC